CAACACUGGGCAACUUUUUGCUGCAAUUUCAUCAUUUCCUUCACUUGACCAGAACCUCGUGUUCCCCCGAGGGCACAUUGCUUUUUCCUGAUCCUUGUGGUGUCUUUGCAUUUGCGGAUUCACUUUGGAUCUUUUCUCAGUCAAUAUCCCACCACCUCUCUUCCACCUCUGAACUUGAUCCCACUAGCAGCCCAACCCUCCUGGGUUGAGGGUAGAUUGUUCUUGCACAGGGCCGCCAUGGACCAACAGAAGUUCCUUGAGCAAUUGGCGAUUGUCCUUGACCCCAAGAAAGGCAAUCUUAAGACUGCCACAAAUAUCCUCCAGAAUGAGUUCUACAAGCAGCCAGACUCCCUUCUUUUCCUCAUCCAGCUCAUCAUCUCUCAUGAUAGCCCGGAGCUGAAGCAACUCGCUGCCACUCAAGCAAAACCUCUCGUCUCCAAACACUGGACGAAAAUCUCCCCCAACCAGCGUCAGCAUGCGAGGUCGCAGCUGUUCCAGGCCACCCUCUCUGAAUCUUCCUCCUUGGUCAGGCACGCUGGCUCCCGCUUGAUCAGUUCGAUCGCCCAGGUCGAUCUCGACGACGGAGAAUGGCCUGAGCUGCCAGGUCUUUUGCAGCAGGCAGCAACAAGCGCGAAUCCCGCCGAACGUGCCAUCGGCGUUUAUGUGCUUUACAGCAUUCUCGAAACAAUGGGUGAUGGAUUUAGCUCAAAGUUCAAGGAACUCUUCGCCUUGUUCAGCAAGACUAUAAAAGAUCCAGACAGCCUAGAAGUUCGUGUCAAUACCCUGUUGGCAAUAGCCAAGAUGGCUCUCGUCAUUGACGCCGACGAAGAUCCGGCCUCGAUCAAGUCGUUUCAAGCCAUCUUCCCUGACAUGGUUGCCGUCCUCAAAGACACCAUUGACUCUGGCUCUGAAGAUAAGGCCAUGUUGGCUUUUGAGGUCUUCAAUACCCUCCUGACAGCCGAGUAUCAACUCAUGUCGAAACAUUUCCAGGAUCUCGUGGCCUUUAUGAAUCAGAUUGCAACCAAUCUUGACGCUGCUGAUGAGACGAGGACUCAGGCCAUCAGUUUCUUGAUGCAGUGUGUCGUCUACAGACGUCUUCGCGUUCAAGGGGCCAAGCUGGGCGAGUCCCUAACCAAGAGCAUGCUCCAGAUUGUCACAGAGAUUGAUCAAGAGUCCACCGAUGUUGACGAUAUCACUCCUGCUCGCUCGGCUCUAGGUCUGAUUGACACCAUGGCCCAGAGCCUGCCAGCAAGUCAAGUGGUCGUUCCCCUUCUUGACGCCCUUCCACAAUAUUCCCGCCACUCUGACCCUAAAUACCGCCAGGCGGCAAUCCUCGCCUUGGGGUUCGUAGUCGAGGGCGCCCCAGACUUUUUGAGCUCUCAAUUAGCCUCAGUCUUGCCGAUUUUGUAUGCCUUGUUGGAAGAUUCUGAUGUUACCGUGCGGAAAGCCGCACUGCAAACUACUGCGAGACUGGCGGAUGAUUUGCCCGAAGACAUCACCAAACAACAUGAGAGAUUGAUGCCGCUGCUGAUCAAGAACCUUACCGCCGCUAUGAGUGCCUACAAUGGAGAAGACGAAGGCCCAUCUAUCGAUAUCAUGAAAUCUGGUACUAGUGCUAUCGAUGCCGUGGUUGAUGGUAUGGACGCUGCUGAUGCAAUUCCAUACUUGGACAAGCUUGCACCCUUUCUGCAAAAGCUUUUCAAGCAUCCCGACUUCAAGAUCAAGGCUCUUGCUGCUGGUGCUCUAGGUUCAUUGGCCUCUACCGUCGAGGCACCAUUCUUACCUUAUCUCUCUGACUCUAUGAACGCUAUGCAAGAAUACAUUGUCAAGAAGGAGAAUGAGGACGAACUUGAACUCCGUGCUAGUUGCACCGAUGCCAUGGGCGAAUUUGCCGUGGCUGUCGGUGCGGCAGAAUUCAAAGACUAUGUGCAGCCUCUGAUGCGCACCAGCGAGGAGGCGUUGCACUUGGACCAUUCGAGGCUCAAGGAGAGUACCUACAUUCUUUGGGGUUCGCUUGCAAAGGUCUAUGAAGAGGACUUUGCCCCGUUCCUUGGGGGCGUUGUCAAGGGUUUGUUCGAAUGCAUCGACCAGGAAGAAGCCGAUCUCGAGGUUGAGCUAGGUGACAGCGCCAAAGAUCUUCUUGGGAAAGAAGUCACCAUCGCUGGCCGUAAGGUCAAAGUCGCUGGCCCCGAAAGCGACGCUGAAGAUGACGAUGGCGAUAUCGAAGACGUCCAACUUGAUGAUGACGACGACAGCGAUUGGGGCGAUCUCGCAACCGUUACUCCACUUGCUCUCGAGAAGGAGAUCGCCAUCGAGGUCAUUGGGGAUCUGGCAUCCAACACAAAGACUGCAUAUCUCCCGUACAUCGAGAAGACCAUCGAAAAGAUUCUUCCCUUGACUGAGCACAGCUACGAGAAUGUUCGCAAGGCUACCCUGAGUACCUUGCAUCGGGCCUACGCCGCUCUGUACGACAUCUCAGAAGAGUCUGGCCAAAUUCAGAAAUGGAAACCCGGACUACCACUCCAGGUUGAACCUACCAACGAGCUGAAGAAAUUUGGUGAGGUAUUGAUGGCGGCAACCCUCAACGUUUGGCCAGAGGAGGAAGAUACUGCCACCGUCACCGAAAUCUCCCGAGCGCUGUCCGAGAACCUGAAAAUGACUGGUCCGUCGUUGCUUUCAUAUCCUGACGUUUUGACCAGCAUCGUUCAAGUUGUCGGCAACAUCAUUACCAAGAAACACCCCUGUCAAUUAGAUCUGGGAGAAGAUGAAUUCGAUGACGAAGACGUCGAGGGCACGGAGCUGGAGUGGGUAGUGGUGGACAGUGCAAUGGACGUUAUUUCUGGUCUUGCCUCUGCGUUAGGGGCCAGCUUCGGCGAAUUGUGGAAGAUCUUCGAGAAGCAGAUCUUGCGAUAUGCAAGUGGGCCAGAGUCCCUUGGUCGGGCUUCUGCGUGCGGUGUCCUAGCCGAGAUCAUCACUGGCAUGGACGCUGCGGUUACGCCAUACACACCUCAACUCCUGAACAUCCUCAUGAAGCGUUUGAGUGAUGAAGACGCACAAGUCAAGUCAAAUGCUGCAUAUGCCAUCGGAAGGUUGGUUGAAAAGUCCAACGAUGAUACAACCAUCACAAAGGCAUACCCACAGAUCCUUCAAAAACUCGAGUCUGUGCUUCAUAUUACUGAAGCCCGCUGCACAGACAACGCUGCCGGAUGUGUGUCUCGACUGAUUCUUAAGCACAAGAGCAAAGUUCCCGUGUCUCAGGUGGUACCUGUUCUUGUCGAGAGCGGCAUUCUACCGCUCAAAGAUGACUUCCAAGAGAACGAGCCAGUUUGGAAGAUGAUUAUCCAGCUGUACCGUGAUCAGGACGAGACCGUACAGCAGUUGACACCGAAACUAGCUCCCAUCAUGCUCAGUGUGCUCGGAGAACCUGAGGAUCAGUUGACAGAUGAGGUCAGGGAGCAGUUGCAGGCACUAGUCGAGCACUUAAAGUCCAUCCACUAGUAAGGGUUCGCACUACGUUUGAACAUCGGUUGAGGACUACGGUUAUGUUUCAUGAUUGAAUGACCACCUUGAAUAGAAGGGGAGGAGAAGAAAACAAUGACGAGUGAUACUAAUACAACCGAAAGACCUUGAUUCCACUAAUCCAGUGAUUGUGUGCUGAGGUGGACUUUUGAGGUGUCAGUAAUUCUCGGGCUCUUUUACUGUGCCAACGAGGAGUCAUGUAGAGGGAUGGAUUAGCAUGCUUCGCGAAAGGAACAUCUCGUCUUUUGAGUUGGCGAUUACCCUCGUUUAGAAGCCAAAAAGAUCCAUGACCUUGACAUUGACAUUCUUGGUUUGUUACUUGUGUGUCGCA